CCAGCGAGGCAGUGUAAGACGGAGUCUGUAAAAUGGCGGCUAAAGCGUCAUUUCUCGAAGAGGAUCUCAGUUGUUCUGUGUGUUUUGAUGUCUUCAAAGACCCUGUCCUCCUGAAAUGCAGCCACAGCUUCUGCAGAGUCUGCCUGCAGCAGUGCUGGAAAGAGAAGAGCUCUCGGGAGUGUCCCAUCUGCAAAAAUAAGGCCUCUGCAGAGGAUCCACCUCUGAAUCUUGUUCUGAAAAACAUUGUGGAGUCCUAUUUAAAACAGAAGGCUGACAGUGAAGCUGCAGAGAAGAGCGAAGCUCGCUGCAGUCUUCAUGGAGAGAAGCUUCUGCUCUUUUGUGUGGAGGACCAGGAAGCUCUCUGCCUUGUGUGUCAGACUUCAAAAAAACACAAAACCCACCAGCUCUGUCCAGUGGAAGAGGCUGCACAGGAUCUGAAGGAGGAACUCAGGGCCGAACUGAAUCCUAUUAAAGAAAAGCUGCAGAGAUUCAUUAAAGCUAAACAAGAGUGCAAGAAAACAGCACAAAACAUCAGGAGUCAAGCCCAGAACACAGAGAGGCAGGUAAAGGCAGAGUUUGAUAAGCUCCACCAGUUCCUGCGAGAUGAAGAGGUGGCCAGACUAGCUGCACUGAGGAAGGAAGAGGAGCAGAAGAGUCAGAUGAUGAAGGAAAAGAUAGAAAACCUCACCAGACACAUCUCAACCCUUUCAGGCAAAAUUACAGUUAUAGACAAGGCCAUGAACUCUGAAGACAUCUCCCUCUUAAAGACCUACAAGGACACCAAAGGAAGAGCCCAGUGCACACUGCAGGAUCCAGAGCUGCUUUCAGGGGCUCUGAUAGAUGUGGCCAAACACCUGGACAAUCUGCAGUUCAGAGUCUGGGAGAAGAUGCAGGGGAUGGUGCAGCCCACUGAAGAGGAGUCCUGUCCCAUAUGCAUGGACACCUUGCGGGACAAGCAGACGCUAAGAUGCACACAUAAGUUCUGCUCUGGCUGCCUCAAGGCUGCGGUGGAGUUGAUGGGCCCCUGUUGUCCAGUUUGCAAGGAUGUGUUUGGAAAGUUAGAGGGAAACCAGCCCGAUGGAAAAAUGAAUGUCACCUACCAGAAAUGUAGCCUCCCAGGAUAUUCCUUCUGUGGCACUAUCGAGAUUGACUACCUCAUUCCCAGUGGGAAACAGACGAACAAACAUCCCAAUCCAGGGAAGCCGUUUCAUGGAAUCCGAAGACGGGCCUAUUUACCAGACAACCAGGAGGGAAGGGAAGUGUUGAGGCUUCUGCAGAGAGCCUUUGACCAGAGGCUGGUUUUCACUGUGGGGAUUUCCAGGACCACCGGAGAUGAAAAUGCAGUCAUCUGGAACGACAUUCACCACAAGACCAGUAUGCUUGGAGGACCUCAGAGUUUUGGCUACCCAGACCCUGACUACCUUAGGAGAGUGAAGGAGGAGCUGAAAGCCAAAGGGUAUGAGCAAGUCUGCAAAAUGGCGGCUAAAGCUUCAUUUCUCAAAGAGGAGCUCUCUUGUUCUGUGUGUUUUGACAUCUUCAAAGAUCCUGUAGUCCUGGGAUGUAGCCACAGCUUCUGUAGAGUCUGUCUGCAGCGGUUCUGGGAAGAGAAGAGCUCUCGGGAGUGUCCCAUCUGCCGCAGAGAGUCCUCUAAAGAUACAGUUCUACCUAACCUGGCCCUGAAAAAUAUUGUGGAGGCCUACUUAAAGGAGAAGACAGAGAGUGAAGCUGCAGAGAGGAGUGAAGCUGGAGAGCAAAGGGAAGAUCGCUGCAGUCUUCAUGGAGAAAAGCUACUAGUCUUCUGUGUGGACGACCAGGAAGCUCUCUGUGUCGUUUGUCAGAUUUCCAAAAAACAUAAAAACCACCAGGUCUGUCCAGUGGAAGAGGCUGCACAGGAUCUGAAGGAUGAGCUCAAGACUGCACUGAAUCCUAUUAAAGAAAAGCUAGAGGAAUUCACUAAAGCCAGAAAAGAAUGUGAGGAAAGAGCAGAACACAUCGUGAGUCAGGUCCAGAACACAGAGAAGCGGAUAAAGGCUGAGUUUGAGAAGCUCCACCAGUUCCUGCGAGAUGAAGAGGAGGCCAGACUAGCUGCACUGAGGGAGGAAGAGGAGCAGAAGGGGAAGACUAUGAGUGAAAAGCUGAAGAUCAUUCAGAAGCAGAUCUCCUCUCUCUCAGACAGAAUCAGUGCAGUGGAACAGGAGCUGAAGGAAGAGGAUAUAGCAUUCCUCAAGAACUACAAGCAGACCUCAGUGAGAGCCCAGUGCACACUGCAGGAUCCACAGCUGCUUUCGGGGGUGCUGAUAGAUGUGGCCAAUCACCUGGACAAUCUGCAGUUCAGAGUCUGGGAGAAGAUGCUGGGGAUGGUGCAGUACACUCCUGUGACUCUGGACCCCAACACUGCAGACCCCUGGCUCUCUCUGUCUGAUGAUCUGACCAGUGUGAGAGACACCGAUACAGUGCAGCAGCUUCCUGACAACCCAGAGAGGUGCGAUUACUAUGCGACUGUGUUGGGCUCUGAGGGGUUUACCUCAGGAGAACACAGCUGGGAGGUGGAGGUGGGGAAUGAACCUGCAUGGGAGAUGGGAGUGGCUAACGAGUCCAUCAACAGGAAGGGGGAGAUCACAUACAGUCCAGAGGGAGGAUUCUGGGUUGUAACUCUGAGGAAUGGGGAAGGGUAUAAAGCGGGUGUAACACCCCUCUCCCUGAAGAGGAAACCCCAGAGGAUCAGAGUGCAGCUGGACUAUGAAAAGGGGGAGGUGUCCUUCUACGACCCCAGUGACAUGUCACACAUCUACACUUUCAAAGACACAUUUACUGAGAGACUCUUCCCAUAUUUCUGUCCUGGUGUAAAUGAAGAUGGCAGUAACCCUGGAGCCCUGCAGAUCUGCCCAGUGAAGGUGUCUGUAACAGUGAUGUCGUCCCACUAA